AGGAUAAAGCUGGAGUGCAAAGAGCUCAAAUAGACCUGAUCAGUUCAAAGGGACUGCAGGAAUUCUUCACACAGAACACUUUGUUUAUUCCCGCCAGUGGAGAAGCGCCUUCUCACUCUGCUGAGACUUGGCUCGUCUUCAGAGAAACCCACUGAGCUCAACAAUGAAGCUCCUGCUGCGUUUGGCCGUCCUGGUAGGGACUCUGGGGGUCCUUUAUUCUACCCCUGAGGACCAGUUCACAGGCAUCUCAGGGGACACCUUAAAGGAGUUGUCCUUGAGUGGGGAGAAACUGGUGGAUGAGGAGAUGAGGAGGGCUCUGUACGGGGUGAAACAGAUGAAGGAGGUGAUGUGGAGAAAUGAGCAGAAGCACGAUCACCUCAUGAGGUCGCUCCAACACAGCAGCGAAAAGAAGAAGGGGGCAGUUCAGCUGGCUAAGGAGGUGACUGACAAGCUGAAGGAGGCGGAGGAGCAGUGCAAAGACUCCCUGCAGUCAGAGUGGGAGGAGUGCAGACCCUGUUUGGAGGACGCGUGCAAAACUUUCUACACCUCCACCUGCCGCAGGGGAUUUGCAACUUUCAAGACCAAGGUGGAGAACUUGUUCAGCAGAGUGUCCCGACGCUUUGGCCCCCAGCAGCCCCGUGUUGAAGCAGACAUCCUGGUGAAUCAAGGCCCUGACAACACCGACACAGAGGUCGCCCAAAUCCAGAAGUCUUUUAGCCGCCUCAUGAGCAAGGUGGGCACCCUGGUGAGCAACAGCGUCACCCUGGUCUCCGGGAUGAGAGGCCGGCUGGACAAAGUCCUCCAGAGGGCUUUCCUCAACAACACUAACAUCCUGAAGGAGGAGGCCGACACCUCGGAUCCCUACAACCCCGCCCGGGACUCCGGCUUCCUGGAGGGUGUGGGACUGGAGGAGGUGCUGGACUCCUUCUUUGACUUUGGCAAGAGUGUGGUGGAUGAGUUUGGAGCUGUGGUGACGCAGGUGUUUGAUGACAUCCAGGAGACAGUGGAGGAAGAGAAGAAGAGAGAGAGGGAGAGUUUCCCUCGCUUCCUGCAGAACAGGAAGUUGUGCCGAGACCUUCGCAAGCAGACCUCAGAGUGCUGGAGGCUCCAGAGCCAGUGUGAGUCCUGCCAGGGAGCCCUUCUCACAGAGUGCCAGGCUGUGCGGGAGCUACACGUGGAGCUGGAUGAGGUCUCCCAGCUGCUGGAUGUGUCCAAAGAGCAGUAUGACGAGAUCCUGUCCAUCGUGCAGCGUCACACCGAUGAAACGGUCAGCUGGCUCAGCAACAUGGCAGCCGAGUUCAGCUGGGUUGCUCAGGCUGUGAGCAACGGCAGCGUUCCGGAGAACGUCUUCCGUGUCACUGUGGUGGCGCCAAAGAUCCUUGAUGAACAGAAUCUGUCAGAGACUGAGACCACAGUGGAGGUGAGCAUCCUGAACUCUCCCUCUCUGGUCCUCUCAGUCCCCGGGGAGCUGCAGCUGCAGGACCCAGACUUCAUCCAGUAUGUGACCCAGGAGGCUCUGAACAAGUACAAGGACAUGGUCAGGUUUGACGAUGAGUAAAUCUACAGUUUCUCCUCUUCAGAGCUUCUUUCUGCACUUUCUUUGUAAACAGAACUAGAUUGCUUUCCUGUAAAGUAGCAUCAUCUUGCUGAAAUGUAAAUAUACUGCAAAAAGGGGGCGGCAGUAGAAGGGACUUGGGCUGGGAACCGGAGGGUCGCCGGUUCAAGUCCCGGUGCGGGACCAUAUCUCGAAGUUGGUCUGGUAGCUGGAGAGGUGCCAGAUCACUUCCUGAGCAUUGCCGAGGUGCCCUUGAGCAAGGCACCGAACCCCCCCCCCCCCCCCCUCCUCCACCAUCAGCUCAGGAGCGCCUGCGUCACUCUGACAUCUCUCCAUUAGUGCAUGUCCAUAGGCUCCUGUUUGUGCAUGUGUGUGUUGCAUGACUUAGAGUGUAAAAACAGAAAUUUCCCCUUGUGGGGAUCAAUAAAAGUAAAUCUUAAUCUUAAAUUCAGCUCAUAUCAUUAAUUACUUGUGAAUGUCAAAAAAGAAAAUGAAGGUCAUACCUGCUCUCGAUCGGUGUAUAUAAAGAAAAAAAGAGUAUUUUUUAAAGGU